GCUCUGGGUCUCAGAGGAGGCUGUGGACCGCCAGCAGUUUCUGGGGGAGCUUUUCUCUUUGCAUCGGCCUUGUGCUUCCUUACGGUAGUUGACUCCGUCCUGAUGGCUGGGUUGGGACCUGGGUCAGGGGUUGGGGGUCAGGAUCUGCUUUGGGCUCCUGCAGGCUUACUGGUCAGGCGUUUUGUAGAGGCCCCUAGAUGUGGGUCCGUUCAGUGUUUUUCUCGUGGUCGGACCGGGGUCCUGGAGGAAGUCCAUGCAGGAGGGGUGCCCCUCCCAGCACGUGAAGAUCUCCUUCCAAGUUAGGAGCGGAAAGGGUGAGAGGAGAAAUUGGGUGGACACACCCAGCGCAGUCCUGAGGGCCCGGAGGCAGCAGAGGAUGACCGGAUCCAGGGUCCGAUGAGCUCCCCUGUGGACUGCGUGAGGGGCAGCGGGGCCCAGUGGCGGGCAGGAGGCAACAUCAUUCUGGCCUGUCGGGACAUGGAGAAGUGUGAGGCGGCAGCAAAGGACAUUCGCAGGGAGACCCUUAAUCACCACGUCAACGCCCGGCACCUGGACUUGGCCUCCCUCAAGUCCAUCCGAGAGUUCGCAGCGAAGAUCAUUGAAGAGGAGGAGCGCGUGCACAUCCUGGUCAACAACGCGGCCGUGAUGCGGUGCCCCCACUGGACCACCGAGGACGGCUUUGAGAUGCAGUUUGGCGUUAACCACCUGGGUCACUUUCUUUUGACCAACUUGCUGCUCGACAAGCUGAAAGCCUCGGCCCCUUCGCGCAUCAUCAACCUCUCGUCCUUGGCGCACGUUGCGGGCCACAUAGACUUCGAGGACUUGAACUGGGAGAGGAGGGAGUACGACACGAAGGCGGCCUACUGCCAGAGCAAGCUGGCCGUGCUCCUGUUCACCAGGGAGCUGAGCCGGCGGCUGCAGGGCACAGGCGUGACUGUCAAUGCUCUGCACCCCGGCGUGGCCAGGACGGAGCUGGGCAGACACACGGGCAUGCACAGCUCUGCCUUCUCCAGCUUCACCCUCGGGCCCAUCUUCUGGCUGCUGGUCAAGAGCCCCCAGCUGGCAGCCCAGACCAGCACGUACCUGGCUGUGGCAGAGGAACUGGAGGGCGUUUCCGGAAAGUACUUCGAUGGACUCAAAGAGAAGGCUCCAGCCCCGGAAGCUGAGGAUGAGGAGGUAGCCCAGAGGCUUUGGGCUGAAAGUGCUCGCCUGGUGGGCCUGGAGAUGUCCCGUGGCUCCUCUGUGAGGGGACAGCCCCUCGACGAAUAGCCUCUGGGACCAGGUGUGAAAACCACGUGGGAAGCUGAAUUACCAGGAUGCACAGCCAGGCCGAGGCUGGCUGCUCUGUCUGCAGCACCCUCUAGGUGGCAGUGUUGCCCAAGGAAUUCUGGCUGCCACACCUACAUCACCCUCUAGGUGGCAGUGUUGGUCAAGGAAUGUUGACUACCAUGCCCACGUCCGGUCUAGGUGUUACUGUUGACACCACAGGAGCCCCAAGGCCCACCAGUGCUGGUGCUCGUGCCCGCAGCACCCCCUAGAUGGCAUUAUCGCUCAAGGAACGCUGGCUGCUAUGCCCACACCGUCCGGUAGGGGCCACUAGUGGUUCUUGUUUCUCUUCUCAGGCACAGUGGACCCAGCUGCAGGUGCACACCUGGCCCACUGGCCGGCAGGUGCGCGGGGCCGUCAGACACCUGCCUUGUGCAUGUAACUGGGAGCUGCUGAGGGAGGAGUCCGCUCCCCUCGGUGUGGCCAUGGCAGGAGAGUCAGUGGUGCCCACGGUGCAGAACUGUACGGCCAGUGGAAAAGCUGUCAGCCAGACAGGGUCAAGUUCAUGGUUCCCCAUGGGACCCUGCACACCCUCAGUCACCUCUCUGAGCCUCGGUUUCUCCCACUGUAGAAUGUGCAGAGUAACUUGACUACCUCACAGGAUGGUAUGGUGGUUAAGGAGUUCUCGUCCGGCUCGGGGAGGGGCAGCUGUGCGCUCCUUGCUGGCACCAAAAGGCUCAGUGCUCAAGAUCCAAAUACUUGAACAUUAAAAAAAAAAGGUGACAUUUGAGAUACUUGGGGAGGCCAGGGAUGCUGUUCCACGUCCACAGAACAGCAGCGGAUGAUUGUGCCCCUAAUGCCAAUCCCGAGGGAGGGGACGGAAGGAAAGGCAGAAUUAAAGACGCCCCGAAGCGUUAUGAA